CGGGACUCAGCGAGACCUGAUGCACAAGUCAAGGCGACGCGCAGCGGACAUGAAGCCGGAUUGGCUCUGAUUUUUAAAAGCCCUUUCAUUCAAGAGGCUGUCCAUUAUCAACAUGGCAGAACCGUCGGUUCCAGUACCCCCUCAAAAAAUGGCGUCACUUGGCCGGGUCCGAGCCUUUGCGCUGAUUUUCUUAACUGCAAGCAGUUAUUUAAUUACUCCCACAAGUGGCAAGGAAGGAGGGGGAGAGGAGACGGUCAUCAUCGGGCUGAGACUGGAGGACACGGACGACAUUUCCUUCAUGGACAGGGGCUAUCUGCGGGUCAGCGAGAGGUCUCGGGUGAGAUUGAGGGUGUACGGGCAAAACAUCAACAACGAGACGUGGUCCAAAAUUGCCUUCACGGAGCACGAGAGGAGCCGAGUUAUUGGCACCAUCGACAGCUCCUCGGGGGACAACAAGAGUCAGGAGGACACGUCGGGCUUGCACCCCUGUGGCAUCAGGACCUCGGAUAUCCUCAUCCUGCCCAACAUCAUUCUAAACCGCAAGACGUCUGGCAUCGUGGAGAUCGAGGUCAAGCCUCUGCGAAAGACUGAGAGGAGCAAAGCGUACUACCUGUGCAUCGCCACUUCCACACCUGCCGUGGCUGGCGCGCACGACCCGUGGACGGAGCACACGUGGAUCUAUCACGAUGGAGAGGACACCAAAGUGAUCGUGGUGGAGGAGAAGAAGUUCCUGCUCCCUUUCUGGCUCCAGGUCAUCUUCAUUUCCAUGUUGCUCUGCCUCUCGGGCAUGUUCAGCGGCUUGAACUUGGGUCUGAUGGCGCUGGAUCCCAUGGAGCUGCAGAUCGUCCAGAACUGCGGGACGGAGAAGGAGAAGAAUUACGCCAGGAAGAUCGAGCCCGUCAGGAGCCAAGGAAACUACCUGCUUUGCUCGCUUCUUCUGGGGAAUGUUCUGGUCAACACCACCUUGACCAUCCUGUUGGAUGAUAUCGCCGGUUCUGGAUUGAUAGCUGUAGUGAUGUCCACCAUCGGCAUCGUCAUAUUUGGAGAGAUUGUGCCUCAAGCGAUAUGUUCACGACACGGUCUUGCUGUGGGAGCGAAUACAAUCUUCUUGACCAAAUUCUUCAUGCUGCUCACUUUCCCCGCGUCCUAUCCGGUAAGUAAACUGCUCGACUAUCUCCUCGGACAGGAGAUUGGCACGGUGUACAACCGAGAGAAGCUCUUGGAGAUGUUGAGGGUGACGGAUCCCUAUAAUGACUUGGUGAAAGAGGAGUUGAACAUCAUUCAGGGCGCGCUGGAGCUCAGGACUAAGACCGUGGAAGAUGUCAUGACCCCGUUGCGCGAUUGCUUCAUGAUCGCCGGCGACGCCACGCUCGAUUUCAACACCAUGAGCGAGAUCAUGGAGAGCGGCUACACGCGCAUUCCGGUGUUCGAGGGCGACAGGUCCAACAUCGUGGACCUGCUGUUCAUCAAGGACCUUGCGUUUGUGGAUCCCGACGACUGCACCCCGCUGAAGACGAUAACCAAGUUCUACAGCCAUACCUUACAUUUCGUCUUCAACGACACUAAACUCGACGCUAUGCUGGAGGAGUUCAAGAAAGGUAAAUCUCACCUGGCAAUAGUCCAGCGGGUUAACAACGAAGGAGAAGGCGACCCGUUCUAUGAAGUGCUUGGCAUUGUCACCCUAGAGGACGUCAUUGAAGAAAUCAUCAAGUCUGAAAUCCUGGAUGAGACAGACUUAUACACCGACAACAAAACAAAAAAGAGAAUCACCCAUCGAGAGAGGAAGCAGGAUUUCUCGGCUUUCAAGCACAUGGACAAUGAAAUGAAGGUUAAAAUAUCACCUCAGCUUCUACUGGCUACUCUACGUUUCCUAGCAACAGAAGUAGAAGCAUUUAGUCCAAGCCAGAUGUCUGAGAAGAUCCUUCUACGUCUCCUCAAGCACCCCAACGUCAUCCAGGAGCUCAAAUAUAAUGAGAAGAAUAAGAAGGCCAUCGAACAUUACCUCUUCCACCGCAACAAGCCUGUGGACUAUUUCAUCCUCACUCUGCAGGGGAAGGUGGAGGUGGAGGCAGGGAAGGAGGGAAUGAAGUUUGAAGCUGGAGCUUUCUCCUCCUAUGGGAUGAUGGCUCUCACCGCGUCUCCAGAAAACAAAUCCCCCCCUCGGUCAUUUGGACUGAACCAUUCUGACUCGUUAAAUCGUAGCGAGCGGAUUGAAGCCAUCACACCGUCACUGGGCAGCAGUAACCACCAGCUCAAUGCCUUCCUGCAGAUGUAUGUGCCGGACUAUUCUGUCAGAGCUUUGUCAGACGUACAGUAUAUUAAGGUAACGCGCCAGCAGUAUCAGAACGCCAUCAUGGCGUCACGCAUGGACAAGACGCCACAGUCCUCCGAGAGCGAGUACACCAAAAUCGAAAUUACUUUGACAGACCUCCAUGAUGGAGUGACUGAUGAAACCACCACCCUGUUCAACCAGACACAGAACUGUAUGGCCCACAACAAGACGAACCACACAGGCCACAGCGAGGGGGCCAUCUAGCCCUCAGUGGGGUGGUGGAGCAAAGCGGAUGCUCACCACCCCAAACCACUCCACUCUUGUAGUGCACUACUACUACUGGGACCUGAGCUUGGGUUGACCCAAGGCAAAAUGGGAUACUCCAGUGACCCGGUCCGGUCCCAUUCAUUCAGAUAAACCACAGCGUUUAUGUCCCCCAGACUAUAAGAGUUUGGAGGAUGGACGUUUUUGUGCUAUGACGAGCCCCUAGCUACACUCGAACUGCCCCGUGAUGUUCACAAACACAAAAGAAAUACUCCAGAUGCAGAUGCUGUAAUAGGGUAAAUCAAAGACUGUUCCAAAUACUGCUUUGAAGGAAACCGUGAACCGUGAACCAAGAGCAUUCUACUCACAUAUUUAUUUAUUUUGUAUGCAUUUGUACAUACAUGCAUGUCUGAGGAUAUAAUUGUCGGCACAUGCAAGCACCAGUCUGUAAAUUGUGCAUGUGUAUGUGUGUGCCUCUAUGAGUGUCACUGAUAUCAUGCACAUGCUAUAUAUAAAUAGUUACAAAUACAUCAUUGUAUAUGUACCGGUGAGGGUCU